GAUUGGAAACACCACUCUUGUCUCACAUCGAUAUCCGCACUGCUCCAGCAGUGCCUUCGCGAUGAUGGCAGCCAUGAGGAGCGUGGGGUCUGUGGCUGGCUAUGUGGCUCUGCCUUUGAUGGCUGGUGAGGCGCAGGCCUGGGUGGCUGCUGUUUGCCUGUCAUCCCUGGCUGGGGCCUCCUUGAUGGCUGCGAGGCACAAGCGUCUUUUCCGAAACAUGCAGGAGGACAGCAUUGAGAGUGGGUGCAAAAGCAGCUGCCGACUCCGCAUCUCGCUGCUGUCGAACAAGCUGGAGUUUGUCAGGGCUCUCACUCCUUUAGCAGAGAAGCAUGACUUGCUGGUGGUGACCCCCACACAGAGUGUGCAAGACUUUUGCCUUGAGGCAGGCAUUCCUGUCCGGGCAUUUCCUUUGUGCUCGGACACGUGGCGGUUUGCCACCAUCUGCAAGCAGGACGCAGUUUACCGGCAGGCCGUGGAGAAGGCCUACAGUGAGCUUGAAAUGCAGAAACCAGACAUUUUGCUCACCGCUGGCUUCUAUGUCCUUCCCAAACACGUCGUUGCCAUCCCAACGACAGCGGCGUGGAACCUCCACCCCUCAGCGCUCCCAAGCUACCGCGGCGGCAUGCCAUUUCAGGCUGUCAUACUCCGUGGCGAGACAGACAUGGGGGUGACUCUUCAUCGCCUCACUGAGGUCAUUGACGAUCCCUUUGGCAUUCUUGCACAAAGUGCCCCUAUCCGCAUCGCAGAGGCGGCCACCACCCAAGAUCUGCUGAAUGCCUCUUCGCUGUGCAUGCUCAGCCUGGUGGAGGAGGCCAUAGAAACACUCCCCGACACCCACAAGAAGGUUCCACCACCGAGCCCGCGCACGGCUCUUCCACAUUCGUUUGCAGUCAAGUUGGAGUGCGAACAUCAUGCGGCAACUGGUGAGACGGCAAAAUCCAAUGCAGGCGUUCUUGCAAGAGUUCGCAUCGAAUGGGAUGAGGACAAUGCCGUCGACAUCGAGCGGGCUUUCCGCGCCUUUGGAGGGGGCAGCGGUCUCUUCACCGACUAUGAGGGAAAUGCUUGGGAGGUGAAGUGUGCAGACUGGGCAUGCGAGAAUGCCGGCACCUUGGGGGUUCAUGGCGACGAUGGGCCUAUUUGUGUGACGGCUUGGGCAGUGGAGCUUGCUGAUUCUGACGUCAUUUGUGGCACUUCAGAAGCUGGAGCCGCUGGCAUAGAGCACAAGGUCACAGCGAAGGCGGGAGAAACUACCAUAGCCUUUUUGCGGAUUCCUGGAGAAGCUGUUAGCUGUUCUAAGCCUAGUGGCUGGACCGGAUUGCGUGCUGGGGACAUUCCUUCUUUGGGGGCCUGUCGGGCGGCAUGGAAGAAAGCACCCACCACGCAACUUCUGAGCAGCGAUGCCGAGUUGGAGCCCAAUGUUUCAAGCAAGCCGGCCAAGAAAUCGGCCCGCCUGGCCCAAGAUUUGAAAGGACUGGAGAAGCUGAUGCGCGCAGGCGCCUCCGACGACGACGAGGAAGAAGAAAGCGAGGACGACGACGGGGACGUGGGCAUUCUGCCUCCUGGCCAGAAAACCCUAGUGAAGUCGAAGACGCGGAAGAGCCUGAAGAAAGACGGCCUGGACCUUCAGACACUGCUUGCUGCGGGGGUAUCAUCGGGAACCGAGCCCAAAGACCUUCUCACAUUGUACCUGUUGAAUCAGCUGAUAGGACAGCAGAACGCCAAGAAGAAGAAGAAGCGAUCGGCAUCUUCAACAGAGCUCCUUGGUGGGUCAAGCUCCGAGUCCUCGGCCAGCGAUCGAGAGGCAAGCGACGGAAAGGGCAUGAAGGCAGUUUCUUCGCUCCAUCGCUUGCACGAGCAGAUCCUUCGGAAGCCCCGCCGGGUUCGGGAGAUUUUCGAAGCCGCUCGGGAUUGUGUCGGGGCAAGCCUGGACCAUGCGCGACUGGGUGAAGAAGCAAAGCUGGGGGCUGGCAAGUCAGAGGUGGCCCUGGCCCAGCUGAUUCAAAACCUCAAGAGCAAGGUGCAGGCUGUGCUGGCCAAUGGCGAUUGGGAGACGGCAUGGCUUCUAACGGGCCUGCCGGAUCCACUGCAGAAGCGCGACUUCUCAGGGACCAAGGAAGAGAUGGCCGUUAUAUCGGGCUAUGUGGAGGCGAUGGCCAGGCUCAAGAAGCGGGUAAAGGAUGCCCAGGGUCACGGAGACGGCGACGACGAGGAGGUCGCCGCCGCGGCGCGCAAAUGUAUUUUGCUGGAACGGUCUGGCGAUGAUGUUAGGCUAUUUCCAUGUGCCCUUCCGUGUCCCGAAGUCUUGCGGAUCAAGACAGCGGUUGAUGAGACUGAGGCACGGCAGGUUUGGGCUAAGCAGUUGUUGAACACCUUCAUUGCUUGGUCGAAUUUUGUGGUGCUGGGGUGUCCGGAUGGUGCAUGUGAGCCACAAGCAGCAUAUCGUUCGGCAUGCGAGGCUCGGAGCUUUGCUGAUAGGUUGCUGGGUGAGGCCAUCGAAUUCGCGAGUGCUGACUUAAUCACUGGUCGCUUGAAAUGUGCAGGGAGGCGAGCAACAGUGGAGGCUCUUAUGGAGCAGGUCGGUUCAUUUGCGGCUGCAGGUUAUGUAGAUCCUGUUCAGGCUUCUUCUUCUUCAACGGCAUUGCCGGUCACGGCCACACGUGUGGCUGUGCCUGAGAAGGCAGGAAGGGUUGAUCCUUUGCAGUGGUUGCCGGACGAGCAGGCGGAGGUGGUAGCAGGCCUAGAGAGCUUGAGGAGGGAGCCGCACCUUUGGGAGGAGAUUUGUCAUGCAUGUCACCGCGUCCCAGAGGGCGAUGAGGCAGAGUUAGCCCAGAAGUUGUUGGCAACGGACAUGGCAGUUCUGGUUCCAGAGGGUGAGCUUCCACGUAACCAACAUGGCGGUUUGAUGCAGGGGGGGCUCUUCUGUGUAGAAAAGAACGCCACAGAGGAUCGCCUUAUCUUCGACCGGCGCCCCGAGAACGCGACCAUGCCGAGGCUGGAAUGGGCUGCUUUACCUUCGGCUGCCUGCUUCACGCGUAUGCUGUUGGGGCCUUGUCAAUACCUCCGUGCCUCAGGGGAUGAUUUGAGAAACUUUUAUUAUAUGUUGAGGCUGCCUCCUAAUUGGGUGCGUUUUAACUCGGUAGGGCGAAGGGUUGCUACGGAUGUGGUGGCCAUGCACGGUCUUGAUCCUGCUGUGCCUCAUCGCCUGUGCUUCCGAGUGUUGGGGAUGGGAGACCGCAAUGGAUGUGCAAUCGCCCAAGCCACGCACGAGGCUAUCCUCAAAUCGGUGGGCCUGCUGGAUCCUCAGGAGACACUUGCUUAUGGCCGGACUGUUCCUGCGGGUGAUCUGUGGCAAGGUGUGUACUUCGACGACUUGCUCAUUGCUUCGCGCCAGACCCUUGAGUACCCCAUGCCGCUUGAUGGUUCCUUCGUGCCUCCCCCUGCUCAGGGAGAUGAUGCGGACAUCCUGCUCACGAAGGCAGCUGAGGGUGCGUAUGAGAAGGCAGACCUAGCGGUUCUCCAGAAGAUCAACGGCUUUUUAGCGUUUGCCUUUCAAUUCAGGCGAGAGCUCUUUUGUUUGCAACAUCGGAUUUACAACUAUGUGAGUGGGACGCACGCCGCCAAAUGGGUCCGUCUCCCUGGCUUUGUGGUGGACGAAUUACGUAGCUUGAGCUUGCAUCUUGCUGUCGCCCAGUGGAACAUGCGACGCAGGUUGGGCACAUCAAUCCUGGCAACUGACGCGACCCCCGCCAGUGGAGGUGCAGUCAGGGCUGAAGCUCCGGAAAGACUAGUGGAAGAAUUAUGGCGGCGAUCUGAGAUCCGAGGUGCUCCUGUUCGACCCGACCGUGCGGAGGUUGACUUUGGAAAGGAGAUCCCUGCGGAGGCCUCUCAAUUCGCUAGCACCUGUGCGGAGUGUCUACCUUGGGCAGAAGUAGCCAGGUACACCUUCAGGGAGACGAGCCAUAUCAACUUGCAGGAGGCACGUGCAUUGCGGCGUGAGAUUUGUAGAAUGGCUUCGAAGUUCGAGUGUGGUGGCCAGGUUCAAGUUUGCUUCAAUGAUUCUUUGGUUUGUGUAUACGCUUUUGCAAAGGGUCGCUCCUCUUCUUUGAAGCUCAACAACAUUUUGCGAGGGCUGCUGCCUUACCUGAUCCUGGGGGAUGUGUCAUUGGCGUUGCUCUGGGUUGAAACCGAGUCCAACUAUGCCGAUCAUCCAUCACGCUUUCGGCCUCUUCCUCCCCCGCGGUCUCCUCCAGGUUGGCUACAGGAGUAUGGCGUCCUUGGGGUGAGCAUUUUCCAUGGACUGGAGGUGUUUGCGGGAUCGGCUCGCAUUACCCUGGCUCACUUGGAGGCCGGGCUCAGCAUGCUUGACCCGGUUGAUCAACUAUGGGGGGGGCUCGAGCUAAGACUGCUGGUGCCUACCCUUGGGGAUUUGCCCGAGCUCUUGCUGAUGCCUGCUUCGCGUGGGCGUCGGGGAGGCCGACUCCAUGAUCAGACGUUGACUCCCCAGUAUCGCCGGCACUUGCGUGAGGCUGGCCAGUGGAUACUGGGGAAAGCUGCGGAGCUUGGCGGCCAGUUGGGUCCCAAAAGCUCCUCAAGGCGAGUUGACCAGUCUUUGGAGAGGGUCGUUGAAUGGGGCCAUGAUCAUGGGGAAAAACUCUAUUGGAUCACUCUUGGGGUCCUUAGUGUGCAGCGCCUGUACAAGCUGUCGGCUCCCUUGCUACGAUCCACUUGGGCAGCCAUAAAGUCGUGGAGGCUAUUGCAACCAAUCCGACCGAGGGUUCCCAUGACGUACUAUGUCUUGAGGUGUUUCCUUGUGGCUUGUUUGGGGCGAGUGAACGCGACGGAGGUGCCAUUGCGGGCCGAGUGGAUGGCCACGAUGCUGGCCGCAUGGCUGGCCUUUGUCGGGAUGCUCAGGCCUGGCGAAAUCGAGCGCCUGAUCAUUAAGGAUUUCUGCUUUCCGGAGGACGUCGAGCUUUCUGAAGGCAUUGGCUUGAUCCUCAAUAUCCGUCAAGCCAAGACUAGGAGGGUUUGGGCGAAUCAGUUUGUCAUCAUCCGCGACCAGUGUCUGAUCAGGUGGUUGAAAUGGUGGUGUGUUGGGCAGCGGCCCAACGCUUACUUCCUGCAGGUCAGCCGUCGUAAAUGGAGUUUACUCUUUCGGGAGGUGAUGGAGUCUUUGCAGCUGGAGAACUGUGGCCUGACCUUGGGCUCUUUACGAGGUGGUGGGGCCUGCCAUCUGUUCCGGGUAGAGCAGAACUUGGGGACACUUCAAUUUGCAGGUCGUUGGAGACGCCCUGAAACUUUACGUCAUUACCUCCAGGAGGCCUUGGCAGUACACACUUUGGCGCAUGAAGACGAGAGCGACCGCUGGGAAGUGCUUUCGGAAGUGGGUGGUUCAUCGUCGUCAGUCGCAGCUGGCAGCAACAAGCCUCCUGACAGGGAGAAGCCGUCUUCAGGGCCGAGUGGACUCGUUCCAGAGGUGGGCAAGUCAAAGGUGGAGGCCAGUUAUCCGGAUCUCGGGCACGCCUUCGACGCGUUCAAGACCGUCUUCAAGCCGAAGACCUGUGGCACGCCAGUUACCCGAACGAGCCAGUUGACAAAGAUGGUCGCAGUGCUGCACAGGUCCUUGGGGACCCUGCUGGAGUCGCUCAAGCAGCUCGGUGGAGGUCCACAAUGGCGGUCCUGGCUUCCCUCGCGUUGGAAAUGGUGGAUGAUCAUCUUGGUGAUGGUGGCCGUGCUGUUCCCUCGGAUAGUGGCGCUAGUGAUAGCACUUGUGAUACGUCUUGUCACACGUGCGGUGCUGUCUCUGAUCGUGCAUGUCUUCAAGGAGGUUUGGACUCAAGCCAUGAUGGCUGCUGCUGAGGUUGAAGAGGGCAUAGCCCAGUGGCUCUAUGUCCAGCUGGACAUGAUUGUUCCUACGGAGCCCUUGCAACCACCGCUGCUGACAAAUGGACCCGCUGCCUUACCUUCGACAUCGGCACCUAACGCAGGCCAGCCCCACCCAACCCGCCCAGUGGAUGUCUUGCUGGUGCUGAUGCUCGGCCUUGGGCUCAGACGCCCCCCACAGAUUGGGGGGAGGUGGUGGAGACGCCAGGUGAUCUCCUUUGUUCUUCUCCUUCUUUUACCUGUGCAAGCAAAGUUUGCCAAUGAUGCCGAAGCUUCGUCAAUGCUUUGA